UUUGUUUAACGAUUUGAUUCGAGUGUCACGUCAGUCUUUUUUAUCCGGCACCAAAAUCUUCUGACAAAAAAUACUCCAAUUUAAGGAAAAUAGUGCGGUUUUACACAUUUUGUAAACCUUAAAAUGGAAGCCCUUUACAGUAUUCCGUUCAUGCUAUUCGAGGUGCCGAACCUGAAGCUCAAGAAGCCGUCCUGGUUUCAGCAACCUUCCGCUAUGACAGUAUUCUCGUUCGUGUUGCUGUCGUACUUUUUGGUCACCGGUGGAAUUAUUUACGAUGUGAUCGUUGAACCACCAAGCGUCGGAUCAACUACGGAUGAACACGGACACUCGCGACCGGUCGCUUUCAUGCCUUACCGCGUCAAUGGUCAAUACAUCAUGGAAGGCCUCGCGAGCAGUUUCCUGUUCACCAUCGGUGGACUUGGAUUCAUCAUCAUGGAUCAAACGCACACUCCGGGAAAGCCAAAGUUGAACAAAAUCCUGUUAAUUUCGAUGGGCUUUAUCUUCAUUGUGGUUUCCUUCUUUACCACAUGGAUAUUCAUGCGAAUGAAGUUGCCGGGAUAUCUUCAACCCUAAGUCUGAGAGAUUGGAAUCUCGGUUCGCACAACUAGGUGUGUACCUUUGGAGGAGUAAAAUUUUUUAUUCGAAAUACACACACAAAUACACUUAAAUAAUAAAAGUAUAAAUCACAACUGUA